AUGAUGAACCGCACACUCCUUCUCGGUCUGGCUGCUGCCGGCCUGGUCUCAGCCAAGGCCACCAUCACCUCCAUGUUCAUCUUCGACACCGAUCCACAGCCUUUGGCCGCUAUCAACUGCCCACCCGGCACCGAUUCCAGUGAUUGUGGCAUGGGUCCCGGUCUUACCCUGAUCGCCGGUCCCAAAACCACCAUGAUCCUGGACGCUCCGGACGAAGAUUUCUACUACACCUGCGUUUGCUCUGUCGAUGGAACGACGCACGCCGUCUGUACCGAAACAGCCUCGGGAUCCGGCGCCAACUUCCCAGGAACCAGCAGCACCACCCUGGAUGGUGAUCUAGAUAUGAUGCCUGUGACUAUCACUGCGGGCUCUGUCACGAGCGUGGCUGCCUCCGCCGCCCACGCUACAACUGAGGCUCAGACAGCAAGUAGCACGGGUUCCGCUGCUACUGCUACGGGGAAACAGUCGCAGGCAUCUGCCGCCUCUACUAGUGCUGCCAUGGCUGGCUCUGUCACCUCUUCCAAGACUGCGACUGCCUCGAAUGUCGAUGCUUCUGCUACAGGCACUGGCAAGGCCUCCCUGCUCAAGGGUGACGCAGCGUUCCUCUUCGGAGGAUUUGCUGCUGCUUUUGUUGCAGCUGUUCUCUAA